UUUUUCUGACAAUUAGAAUAAGGGAAAUAUUUUUGAGGCUGAUUUGAGAGGUAUUUAAUGAGAGCCCGGGUCGAUUUAGAUUUUUUCUUAUUUUUAGACAUGAAAAUAAGGGAUAAAUUCUAUAGUUGAAAGAAUAAUAGACCGUCUUCCGGUCGGUCUUAAUCAAAUUAGGCGAGUGGGUUGUGUUGUAGUGGUUAACGAUUUCUUCUUUACUUAACGUACUUGUUGGUCCUUAGUAAUUAAUUCAGGUCCUGGUAUUCGAACUCUCGAGAGAGCUGUAUAAAGGUCGACCAAUUCCGGAAGUGGGGGGGGGGUUCUGGAGCCUGGGACUGAUGUUGUAGGGCUGGAUGUUGUGCUCAUCUCUAAGCUCCACCAGUUUUUCUGUAAUUUUUUAUUCUCUAAAACUCAAAAUAUUUUCUCUUUAUUUUAUUUAAUUCAUUUAUAUAUGUAUUUUUUUCUUUACAACGAACUUUUGUUAAAAUUAAAAAAUAAAAUAUUUCAAAUAUUUUUUUUCAGAAAAUGUUCAUUUACACAUAUUUUUCUUUUAUUUUUUAUAAUUUAUUUUAAGCUAAAAAUAUACUUAUUUUUGGAAAAAUAUGCGCCCUCUAACAGACGAUGAAACUGAAAAAUUUUUCAAAAAACUUUCAAAUUAUAUUGGUGACAAUAUUAAACUUUUAUUAGAAAGAGAAGAUGGAGAAUAUGUUUUUAGAUUACACAAAGAUAGAGUUUAUUAUUGCAGUGAAAAAUUAAUGAGACAAGCAGCAUGUAUUGGACGUAAACAAUUGGGGUCUUUUGGAACUUGUUUGGGCAAAUUUACAAAAGGAGGUUCUUUCUUUCUUCAUAUAACGGCAUUGGAUUAUUUGGCGCCCUAUGCUUUGGCAAAAAUUUGGUUGAAGCCACAAGCUGAACAACAAUUUUUGUAUGGAAAUAAUAUUGUUAAAUCUGGUGUUGGAAGGAUGAGUGAGGGAAUUGAGGAGAAACAGGGAAUUAUUGUCUACAAUAUGUCAGAUUUGCCGUUAGGUUUUGGUGUGGCUGCAAAGGGAACAGUAUCUUGUAAGAAAGCAGAUCCUACAGCUUUAGUUGUUUUACACCAAUCGGAUUUGGGUGAAUACAUUCGAAAUGAAGAGGGAUUGAUUUAA